UUAAGUAUAACCCUAUUCUAUUUUAAUUGGUAUAAAAAAAAUUGAGUAAUUCAAUAAGUGUUGGACAGUAAAAUGGCGUCGCGAGUGGUGAUUUCAAGGGCGAGUCGGAUUAAGACGAAGCUCGAAACGGCGCUGCAAGCCGCCGUUCUGGAGGUGGAGGACGUCUCGCACCAGCACGCCGGCCACGCCGCCGUCAGACAUAUGGAAGGCGGCGCGCAAGAGACGCAUUUUAAUGUGCGAAUCGUCUCCGCCAAAUUCCAGGACCAAAACCUAGUCAAACGACACCGUAUGGUCUACGACCUCCUCUCCGACGAGCUCCAAUCUGGUUUGCACGCGCUUUCCAUCACCGCCAAAACCCCUAAAGAAGCUGGCUUAGAUUCAUAAUUCAAAUUAGCAUGCUUCUUUGUUCCAUUUAUUCGACUACCCCUCUGCAUAUGAUUGAGAACUUGAGAUUGUUGUGUUUGUUGUGUAGAAAGAAAAAGGUCAGAGUCUUUGAUAUUCUGAAUUUGAUAUCUGAUUAUUCAGCUGAGAAAUAAGAUGCAGCUUCUAAGCUUCAGACCAUCA